UACACCAUCUCAAAAGUCAUCCGGUAGUGAAGUUAAUAGUGCUAAAGAGCAAAAAAGAAUGGUAUUGAACAAAUUUCUCCAGUUGAGUGGAAUUAAAUCGAAGGUACGGAUAACACGUUCGUAUAGAAAAUUAACGGGUCAAUCCAAGCGUAAUUUUCUAUCAACCACAAGAAUAAUAUUGAAAUCAAUUCUAAGUUUUGUUGCCACUUCACAUGUAUAUGACGUUUGGAAUGAUUUAUUGAAACACGACAGCGAUCAAAAUAAUGUAGCAUUAGAUGGAAAGUUUUUAUCUGUUAUGAAUGGUGUUACCGAAACAUAUCAUAAUGCCGAAAGCUGGUCAACUCGUCGGCAAAUACUCUCAAUUGUUGCACCAAAAAUAUCGUUCAAACUGAUUCAAUCAUUCUUACCGGGUUUAACAUUAUACCGGUUUACAUCUGCAAGAAUGUAUGGAUUACGAUUUGGUGCGGGUGCAUUAAUCGAAAGUUCAUCGAACGUUAUUCAUCGUUUUGAUAAUGAGCAG